AUGCAGCCGCGUACGGCGGUCGGCGGCCACGGUCGCAGACCGGGUUUCGACUCACAUUCGAAACGAAAUAAACGCGCUUACCUCGGCGGCGAACCAGACUAUUCGUCAGUGCCUCCCCGACCAGCUGGCCGGUCGGUCGGGUGGUCGGUCUGCCGGGCUUCAAAUGGUGGCCAGCGCCGAAGCGCGAUCUUCGUCUCCUGGCUCGAGGCGUUGCAUUAUGGCAGCGGCAGAAGUGGAACGUGCAGUGCAACCUCACUGAGUGACCAUCGACUUAUGAGACGGACUACGAAUGCAGCCGACCGCACCGCCGACCAGUCGAACCCGCCGGCGAUACCGCCGCUGCCGCAGCAGUCACCACAGACACGUCCACAGCCAUGGCCAAGCAACUCCCGCUCUGUCAACAGUGUGUACGCAGAACGAGCGGCCAAGUUAUGCCUGAGCAAAAAACUUCAUCAUGCUCAUGCACCGGUGGCGGCCGAAGGGCGCCUCGCCGCCAUCCGGUCGCACGCUCGCCCGCCGACCGGUCAGUCGCAGCAGUCAAGUCAAACUCACGCCUAA